GUCCUUCCAUAGAGGGUAUAAAUAGGAGUCUUUCAAAGUGAAUUCUUCAUCCAAAACUUGAUUUGCUUUUACGAAACAUUUACUUUUGUUUUUUGGCCAGAACGAACUUUUCCAUUCAUCUGCAAUAUGGACACCAUGAACAACGCCAAUAACUCUAGCUCUUCUUCUUUGAUGAACAAUGCUCCCUCCAAGCCUACUGUUACUACCAGUGGAGCUUAUUGGUAUCAACCCAAGCCUCCUGCAAUGUGUAUUAUUGCCUGAAACUUAUUUGAAUUUUUUUGAUGUAUCCUCUUUGCUUUUAUGAUUUUCUUGAAUUGCUAGCUACUCUGAUUUUCAAUGACUCUUUUGUGCUCAUUAUGAAUAUAUAUUGAGAACGUUUCCAUUAAUUUUGCUUUUAUAAUUUAUACUUUUAAUACGAUUUUUUUAUUUAAAAGGAACAAAAACAGAAACACGCCUUUUAAUAGAUCCAUUACCAUACUAUAGUAGUAUCAUCUAUAGGGUAUAAUUAUCAUUAUUAGGGAAAGAAU